AUGAAGAGAAAGCGGAAAACGAAUGGGACAAGGGCAGUGCAGGCGGAGACAAGAGGGAACGAGGAGGAAACAGAGGAGAUAGCAGAGAACGGGGAAGAAGAGGAGGAAGGAGAGGAGGAAGGAGAGGAGGAGGAGGAGGAGGAAGGAGAGGAGGAACCGAAGCAGGUGCUGUUAUGGGAGCUGGUAAGUUCAGUGCAGCAGCUGCCUCCCCCCGUGCUGCGCGUGCUGGCAGUCACAGCGCUAACCUGGCUUGCGUGGUUCCCUUUCCUUCUCUUUGACACGGAUUGGAUGGGCAGAGAGGUGUUUGGAGGCUCGAUCAGCGGAGUAGCUAGUGCUAGCAGCGAGGCGGCUCUUAGGGCGUACAGCAGGGGAGUGAGGUUCGGAGCGCUAGGCUUGGUGCUGAACUCGGUGGUGCAGGGGGUGACGAGCCUCAGGAUCGAUGCUCUGUGCCGCAGGUUCGGGUCCAGGACCGUGUGGGCCGUGGGGAAUCUGGUGCUCGCUGUUUGCCUGCUCGCCACUGCUGCUGUGCCCUCCGCUGCUCCUGCACAAGGGGUUGCUGCUCAAGGCUGGCAGCCUCAAAGCAUGCUGGUUACUGCUGGUGCAGUGCCCUCUGCAGUGCCCUCUGCAGUGCCUUCUGCUGCUCCUGCUGUGCCAUAUUUCAGCCAGCUAAAUGCUAGCAGCAGGAGCCUCUGCUGCUCACUGCCUCAAAACGGACUGGCCACUGCUGGGCUUCGGAAACUGAUAGGCGCAAGGAAACUCGGGAUGCUAGACCCACAGCAUGCAGUGUCACACCAGCAAUCUGAGCUACUUCCUUCUUCAAGCGUGGCUAGCGUGUUAGGCGUGUCGCAGUCCAGAGUGGCCAAGGCAGCUGCACUCACCAUCUUUGCUGUUCUCGGCGCUCCCAUGGCGGUGACCUACAGCCUUCCGUUCUCCCUCACGGCGUCCUUCACCACCAGAGGGGGCGGGGGGCAGGGCCUGGCAGCUGGUCUGCUCAACAUCGCCAUAGUCCUCCCCCAGGUGAAUAUCCAGGUGUUAUUAGGUCCCAGCUGUUAG